AUGGCCUCGAAGAAAGCGAGAUCCCGUUCACCAAAAGCCAGUAUUCUUCUUAUUAUGGGGUGUUUAGCUGCCUUAUUUGGAAUCUACAUCUUCUCUUGCGGAUUUCUUUUAACUCGUUCUGAGUUAACUAACGUAACGAUUGCUACCCAUAGGCGUAGCCCUGAAUUUCAACAAAUCGUACUACUUCUUGUCGACGGUUUAUACACGGGCUUACUUCCUCCCUUCGAUAAAACCCCUCGAAUGCCAUUUUUUCAUAAUCUUCUCGACGCGAACGACUCCCGGCAUCACUUCUUUGCUCACUUCAUAGCAGAUCCUCCCACGACUACUAUGCAACGUUUAAAGGCUCUACUUACCGGUAGUAUGCCAACUUUCAUCGAUGCUGGGAGUAAUUUUGGGGGUACUGAGCUUCAAGAAGACAAUAUCAUUAAACAAUGGGCUCUAGCUGGGAAGAAGAUAUGCUUCGUCGGUGAUCAGGUCUGGACUGAAUUAGUCUCUGAAGGAUUUUUUGAGAGCUUACCACUGCCCGCUUUCAAUAUAAAGGACCUUGACACAGUUGAUACUGCUGUUAAAGAUUAUAUUCUUCAAGAGGCUGGAGGCAGUAAGUGCGAUGUGCUUAUUGGCCAUAUGCUUGGAAUUGACCACUGUGGACACACGUUUGGUCGGUCGCAUCCGGAGAUGGAUAGAAAACUGGGUGAAUUGGAUGAAUUUCUGAGGUAA